ACAGUAAAUAUUUGUAUUAGCCGGAGCCGGCUCGCUAAUGGUGGACGCGUGAAGCGGAGGAGCGGGCAGCGCGGCGUUGGUGGCGCCAUGUCCGUGAACAUGGAUGAGCUUAAGCACCAGGUCAUGAUCAAUCAGUUCGUGCUGACGGCCGGCUGUGCGGCCGACCAGGCGAAGCAGCUGCUGCAGGCGGCCCACUGGCAGUUCGAGACGGCCCUCAGCGCCUUUUUCCAGGAGACCAACAUUCCCUACAAUCACCACCACCAGAUGAUGUGCACUCCCGCCAACACCCCUGCAACGCCCCCCAACUUCCCAGAUGCCCUCACCAUGUUCUCCCGUCUCAAGGCCUCUGAGAGCUUCCACGGUGGCGGCAGCGGCAGCCCAAUGGCUGCCACGGCCACAUCACCCCCGCCGCACUUGCCCCACGGUGCCACCGGCAGCUUUGCAGCGCCCAGCUGGCCAAUGGUGGCCUCACCCCCAGGGGGACCACAACACCACCAGCCGCAGCAGCCGCCCCUGUGGACUCCAGCACCCCCUUCCCCCGCGUCAGACUGGCCACCCCUGGCUCCCCAACAAGCUGCCUCAGAACCAAGGGCCCACCCUGCCAUGGAGGCUGAGAGAUAAGGGAGGCCCCUCCCCCCUCCCGGAGGCCAGGACCCCGUGGGGCGGGGGAGAAGACAUCUCCACUGGCCCCCUUUACCCUCUGCCUGCACCCCCAUUCCCUGGAGCCCUGGAGGGGAGAGACUGGACCCCCUGUGCCAGCACUCAGGCUGCCCGCAAGUAUGCAGAAGUGCAGGCAUGCAGCACCCAGCUUGCAUGGAUAUGGUUCAGAUCACCUGGGUGCUGGUGGACAGAACUUCAGAGACCAAACAGUCUUUCCCAGAGGACUCCCCCACGUCAGGAGGCUGCGGACACUUGCCUCGCUCCUACCGGAGACUUGCCUGGCUCCUACCGUGGAGCUCCUUGGGGGCAGGCAGGCCUAGAUCCCCACCCUCGGGAAUGCAGAGCCUUCUCCGCAUGUGUGCGUGUGGCUGUGUCUGUGUAUUUAUACGUAUGUUACUCAAGAAGCAACCUAGUUUAUGGGGCAGCUGGACUUUGCAUGUUAGAGUGAGCCCUGAGUCCCUUGCCUGCUGCCCCCUCCCCAGGGCCCUCUUCUCUCCCCCCACUCAGCAGCCAGCCUUCCUGUUCCCUGCAGAGAAAAGGAUUGUGGGAAACUCCAGGACUCUUCCCACCCAUCCCCCAGUGCCUGCCUGCUGGGACUGCCUGCAUGCCUUGCCCAGAGCCCGGGGUACCCCAUACCUAUUUCCUUUCCCCCUUUUAACAAAGGAGAAGAAAGAGUUCCAAACCACCACCAGGCUCUGUGGUCUUGCCUCUUAUCCUAAGCUUUGCUGCCAGCUGGCUCUUUGUGGGGGGAGGGCACAAACAGCCCAGAACAGAGGGCUACCCUCCAGUCCCGCACUGCUCCUAUGUGUUGCUGUCUUUUCAUCCACAAUAUGCACUGGAAUCUUCCCCCCUACCCAAGGCUUUUCCCAUGAAGUUAGUUUCUGGCCUGUGUUCCCAGAAUCCCAGCCUCCGUCUACCCACCCUUCCCCCUUCCUGGCUAGAGGGAUCCAGACCUCCAGGGCUAACAACUGCCUUCCGGUCUGCUGGAGUUUCACAUAAAGACCUUUCUUCCUGUCUCCAGGCCCCAAUGGCUCGCUGAGGGCUGGACCCUCAAGCCCAACCUCCAGCAAACUUGCUGGGUGGGGCAGGGCCUUCCCCUGGGGAGGCACCGGCCACAGUCCUCAGGCUUAAAUGCAGAGCCAGUGAGGGCUAGGGACAGGACCAGGCUGGGGCAGAGUCCAUCCAGUGCUCAAACCAUUGGUCAUUAAGGAGACAGGCCACUCUGGGGCAACAGGCAGUGGAUCUGGGCUGCUUCUGAACAGGGCUGGGCAGGUACCUACUCUAGCCCCAAGGAAAAGCCAGAUGCCCCACACUGCCCUGGGCUACCCACAUGGGGUAGAGUGCCUGGGGCCCUCUGCAGUUCCUCACUCUCUAAUCGGGGAGCAGCCCCGUGCACAGCCCCGUCUGGGCACCUCCGUCGUACGUGGAUUGUGCCUGGCUUGGAGAGUUGCUUCUGUUUCAGAAGGCCUCCUGCCAGACAGGCCUUGGCACCACCAUUAGUCCUCUUGUUCCCAGGGAUGGGGCUGUGCUUCCCAACAAGGAUGCCUCUACCCAGCUUUGUCUCCACCCACAUCCUGGACAGGCUCUUGACGCAGCCCACCUGGGAUGACUGUUUACUCUGGUUGUCACUGAAGACCGACCUCUGGGACCCCACUUGAGCGGCUGCUUACAUUCCGGAAGUGUGUCCUCACCUUGAAACCCACUUUCCAACAGCCUCUCAGUUCCAGAGAGGACACAGCUCUGCAUGAGCAGCAGCUUCUUUUGGAUGGAAGAAAUUCUCAGGAAAUUGGCACAUAUACCCCCACCCCCACCCCCACCCCCCCUUCAAGUGGUAGGAAAAUGCUUUGUAGAGGCAAGCAUUUUUGGGUUAUCAGCUGUGUGGGGUGAGCAAGCCUGGGCUCUCCCAGCAAGCUAAUUACUGGGGUGGCUGUAUGUUAUGGAACAAUAGGAGACGGUGCACCAUCUAGAACUUGCCGUCCUGGAGAAAACAGGGCUGGACCCCAGGCAGGCCCCUGUGACCUGUAUGUGCACCACACCCUCACUGCUCAAAGUGGUCCUCAGGCUAGCAGCAUCACCUGGGGCUUGUUAGAGAUCAGACCUCAGGGCCCAGUUUGAGAAAUGUCCCCGGUAAGUGCUGGUCUGUUGGAGGUGAGGCCCAUUUUUGUUUCUGGGGGCCAUGUGGGCUGAGCCUGGAGGUCCCAGGGGGUCACAUUAGGCUAGAAGGGAUUUGAGGUUCCUGUAGACAUUGGUGCUGGAUCACUCUACCACGUGGGCAUCCUGUGCACUGUGGAAUGUCGGCCAGCAUCCUAGUCCCUACCCAGUAGAUGCUAGUAGCACCCCCAGGUGUGACAACCAAACUGUCUAUAGAUAUGGCGAAAUGUUCCCUAGGGGCAAAAUCUUCCCCUUCCUCAUGGAGAGUCUGCUCAAGGCUGGUCCCAUGGCUGGCUACACAGCAGACCCUCCUGGGGGCUCUGAAAAGACAAGCCCCCCCAGAUUCCUGGGCCCAGUUUCAGAAUUCCUGGGGUGGGGGUGGCCCUGACAGUAUAGUUCUAUAUUUUUUUAAAUAAGUUUUUAUUGAGUUUUAGAGAGAGAGGAAGGAAGAGGGAUAGAAACAUUAUUGAUCGGCUGCCUCCUGCAUACCCUUCUCUGGGGAUCGAGCCCACAACCCAGGCAUGUGCCCUGACCGGGAAUAGAACUGCCACCUCUUGGUUCAUAGGUUGAUGCUCAACCACUGAGCCACACUGGCCAGGCCUGACAGUAUAGUUUUAAACACUCCCAGAAUAUUGUUGAUUGACUUGUGAACAAGUUAAAAACCAUUCAAUUAAUUGCCCUAGCUCCGUGGUCUGCAAACUGUGGCUCGCGAGCCACAUGCGGCUCUUUGGCCCCUUGAGUGUGGCUCUUCCACAAAAUACCAUGGCCUGGGCUAG